GAAACACUUACCAACCAUAGGGCUGGAUGACGUUGUCUAGAUCCAUUAAACUGCGAUUUUGGAAAUAAUCUGGGGAUUUGUAAAACCAUAACCCGCAUAAUUGACAGCUAGUAUGUGGUGAUAAUAAAAGAGUGUAAUGUCUAGCACCUUUUUUCACAGCAGUGGUGAAAUCCACGGAAUGUUCCACACGGGAACAGCUGACCAUAGGAUGCCGCACUUAGCCUAACGAGAUGUGAACAUUUCAAGGAAUAUAUCAGUGAUCAGACGUUUGCAUAUUAACAAUCAGGUAACUACACUAUUCCUCUUCUUAUUGUUUGGUCUCGGGGGGGGUUUAUGAGAUUUGAGGUGCGUGUUUACGGGAGAUGGGUGGACGGGUUAUUAGGGUUGUCAUCCUGCUCAACCUCCAGCCCCUCCUUGUUUUGCUGCUGCCGACAACGAUGUUGUAAUGUUUACAUUUAGUCUAUGUUGCAAACCGCUGCUGCUCUCCCCGUUCUGCUUUUCAAUGGAUGCACAUUUUGGGAUGCAUGCACAAGACUACGUAUAUGCUUAGCAGUAUAGCACAGACAUGAGCUAUUUACUCUCACUGGACCAAUUGGGCCUGAUAUGUAGCGCAUAGGGCUCAAUUCAGAUGGAUAGUUUCAUGUUGGGAUAACAUAAAGCCUUCUGAAGCUGAGAAAUUCCGUGUUAUUGCAAACACACGAAGGCUGCUCCUCACUUUCUCAUGCAAGUGCAACAUUACAUAACCUGCUGGGAAGUCUACUGUACAGCAAGACACUGUGGCCUCCAGUGAGAGUAGAAUCAUACUGUGGGCCACCAUAGAGUUGCAAACCAAGCUAGGGUUACUACAAAAUAAACACUCAAUGGAAUUAAUCUGAAAACUUGGCCCCAUUCAUAUAUGAGGGAUAUCUGAGUAAGAAACAAAUUGCCUUUAAACAGGAUAUUCUUAAAAUGUUCAGGUCGAUUAUAAUCCCAAAUGGUUAAAGAAAAGACAAGUGUGGGUAGUUGGAAACAAUACGACCGGUGAUAUGUAUGUAUGAAUACUUAGGUAGUGAAACAAAUAUAUCACUACAAAUAUAGUUAUUAUUCCUGCAUCAGGUUGGUUUCAUUGAAGUAUUUCAGAAUUAGUCGUACUUCUAACUAGUUUUGAGAUUUAAAUUAGUAUGGGUAGAUUCAGUUGUAGCCUGAAUUGUACAAAUGUAGGAUAACCAGUUUAAUUUAAACAAGGAUGGCUGAAUCUGUGGUAAAAGUUUAAACUGUAUAACAUUUGAAGCCUCUCAAAUCUUCUUUUGGUUAAAAAAAUCUUAGAGUUGACUUAUUCUAGUGGGUACGGUGGUGACGGGGAGUUCAUUGUUUAUAAUAACUAAGCAACAGUCAGUUAUUCACUCGAGAGAAAAUUUGUAUUAAUUUAUUAUCGUGUAAGUACAGGAAAAAAAGUUAUAUGGAAAAUAGCAAAGCCAGGUGUUUUACUCAUUUAUCAGGGUCAGGAUUUUUUUUUUUUCAUUGUCUUUUUGUUGUUAAUCUGUAUCUUCACAUAAAGCCUUGUAUUUACGUGAUACCCAGAAACAACAACAGGAACUGCUUGUUUUGAUACAUUACAGCAAAGACUGUCUGGACGUCUAAUGUCUGUGUUUGCUGCACGUCGAUUGGUCACUCAGAAAUGGGGCGGGGUUUCAUCACAACAAUACAUUUCAAGGAACGUACACGCGCCAAGGAAUGUUUGAUGUUGUUGCGCUGCUAACGUUUUCCCCGUCACGCGCCUAACGGUUAUUCCUCGUCAGGUAAACGCUGCCGUUAACCGACGGCACCUCUGUGUGUGUUUGUGGAGGAACCGACGACCCAGGCAGCAGCUUGGAGCGUGUGUUAGCUGUCUUAGCGUUAGCAACCGAGUAAAAGCACCGUCCGACAUUGACAAGAAGCUGGCGAAAGAAACAGCAGUCUCCUGGUAGUCUCGUACCUUCGCGUGUGUUCGCUCAGAGGCGAAAACAACUUGAUGGGACGAGACAUUUCCGAGGCUGGAAUACUUACCAUCUCUCCUCACCGAGCGAGCAAACUAGCUAAAAAGUAAGAUGUGGUCUGGGGUGAUGGCCAACUCAGCGAGGCAGCCUGUUCAUACAAAGCUGCUCUGUGUCUGUAGUGUAGUUUUCCUAUUACACUAGUUUAAUAUGUAUGCAGUGAUUACUGUGGAAGUGUCCGAAAUAAGUACCGCUACGUUGGCUGAGUAGCUCAUGGUAAGCGGGUAUAUGCAGCUGGCGAGCCUUGCUACCAUUGGACAAAGCGUUAGCCUAGCUUAGCUUGGCUAAAGUGAGCUACUCCUCUUCUUGAACAGAGGACGUCGAGUUGGCCCUGUAUUCAUGAAACCACGUUUGUCGCAACGCUGAACGUUUUGUUACCUUUGCAGUGUUGUGUGCGGGGCACGGACUAUAUCCUGUAAAAUCAGAGUAUUGAUUAUGUGCCCUUUUAAAUUGUAUUACAACUAGCAGUCCCGCUUGCCUGCCACAUCUUUUGUUGUUGCUUUGUCUUUUGAGCACAUGGCUUUCCAUGUUUUUGUUCAGGCAGGCUACAGCGACCCCUAUUUAUUAUGUCCUCGCGUGUACCGUUUUAAUUGUACUACCAUUUGAAUUUAUAAUUUAAUGCAGUAUUUGGCCAAAGUAACAAAAGGUAACUAUAAAGUAUUCGCCAUAUUUAUGAAAUAGUUGUAGAUGACGCUGAAAAUGUUAACGAUUCUUUAAAUAUUAAAAUUGCUUUUAUUUGAUUUGAAAUGUUAUAAAUCUGGGUAAGAUUAGUCUUAUUUGUAUUAUAAAUGUAUAAGUGUCUCUUCAAAUGUAUUAACCAUGCAUGGAACAAUCUCAAGUUUGGCUGGGGUCUUAAAGCAAGUAUAUAUGAAAUACUGGACAAUAACUUAAUAGAGAAUGAAAUUAUCUGGGUCUCAAAAAAUAGGCAGUCAUGGAGGAACGUUUUUAUUGCCUUGGACAGAAGAGGCAAAAGUUUUAACUAGAGAAAUAAUAUCAAUGGUUAUCUUGCAUUGUAUUUGUCAAAGUCAAAAAUCAUCCAACCAGAGUGAAUUUUGUCAUAUUGAGUGUUUACACUUCACUUGCCAUCUGAUGUAUUCGUUCUGAAAAAGAUUGCUAUUGUAUUCUUCAUUGUUACCUUAAGCAUCAUUUGAGUGAAAAAUCACAUCACUCACAUUUUGAGCAUCUGAAUUAGAAAGCUGAAUUUGUCUGUUUUUUUCCUUUGCAGGGUAAAGACAAUCAGAGGCAACAUUAAAGUGCCUCCACUGAACAGUUCCCUUUCCCAGAGUGUGACUCGUCUGCACGACGUCACCAAUGCGACCAUGGGAAAUAGCAGUAAAUAGGCUGCCACCAACAGCCCCCUUAAACCCGAGGAGGUUCCUUGGAGAGCCCUGCAACGCACCAGUGCACCUCAGGAGAAGGUAAAACUCUGGUUCAGCUUGUUCAGUCAUCUUUAAAUUUAUGUAGUUUUGUAACUUUUACUAAAAGACACAAAUGUUUAGAUUUUGAUGCUUUCAGUAUUAAGUAAAUGCCAGUAUUGUGUGUCCCAUGGUACCCCUCUAGACAAGAAGAUGCUAAAUAUGCCUUACUCUUUGUCAUUUAUUGAAAGUAAAAACAAAUUUGUUUGAAUUAAAGGCAGUAAGGCCAGUUAGUAUCAUCACAGGACACAUUUACUUUAAAGAAUAUCUCAGUAUCCUGUUGAUUUGCAUCCUUUCAGCAGUUGAAUUAGUUUACCCUUCCUCAAGAAGCUCUCGCCUCUGUUGUAACAUGCAACAUGUGUUCCAGCUUCCCUUCAGCAAAACUUAAGAUUUUUCAAAACCAAGGUUACUAAGCAAAAAUAGAAACAACUAACUGUGUAUGUUUAUAGAUACAUUGAACAUAAACCCAAAUAAAGUUACUUUUAUUACUUAAAAAGAAAUAAUUAGAUUUCAGACCAAAACUUAUGCUGCAACUGUCUGAUAGUUUAGCUGUUUUUCUUUUAAAGUUAAACGUGUAGAAAAUCAGUUGUGUGCCUACACCGAUGUAAAAAGAUGAUUUUAAAGAAAAUGCACACAUCUACCUAUUUAGUGUCUGUAAGUGGAGCAGUUAACUAAUAAUUCUUCCUCUAUGACUCUAAAGCCCACCAGUGAGACGCCAGUGGGGGAGGCGAGACAGACCUGUUCUGCACAGUUCUCUAGUCCAGGAUGAGAACUUCCAUCAUCUGCUUUUCACCCAACACCACCACCAACAGGUUCCUUUAGAUGAGUCCAGACAAUACAGCCACACCAGCACAGCACCACGCAUGCUUCACCCUGCUGCUCACCUGCCCCAGCAGAGCCCCAUCAUGGUGGAUCUACAUGACCAGGUAACAGAACAGGAGCAGUCUGAUCAGUACGGAACUUUCAACAUUUCAAAAACACGGUCCACUAACUUGUCAUUUCUCUUAAAAGAUGCACCAGGGAUCAGUACCAAUAUCAUACACUGUUACAACGGUGACGACCCAUGGAUUUCCUAUCCACACCGGGCAGCCCCUUCCAGGGUGCAACACUCAGCAGCUCCCAGCAUGCUCGGUAAUGUUCAGCGGACAGCUCUCUCUGCUCUGCUGCCUUCCUCCUCCUGUGAGUUUGAAAAGGAAGAGCCCAAAUGUCAUAGUGGCAUCUAUGUAGCACACCAUACCAGCCAUGCACUGUGUCACUGUUCAUGACUAACCAACAAGCUGCCGUUACUGUGCAGGCUUUGUGCUUCAGCCUUGAUGUUAGCACAAAUAUUUGAAACCGUUACGCAACUUAAAUAUGAUACGAUUCUUCAUUUGACUUAAUAUUGGAAACGAUCGUACUCCUGAAUAAUAAUAACAAUAAUCCUGAGUGUGGUUUGUGGCAGUACUGUCAGUGCGGUGGUGUAACGUAAUGCAUUGCUUCUAUUCACUACACGCUUCCAGCAUGCUUUCAUUGCAAAUGUCAGAAACAAUUUAAGUUAAGCAGAGGUCUAGUAUAAAGUGUAGAGUUUAAUUAACACACAUUGAGUGGAAAACAAAAAAAUAGUUUAAAUGCAUUGUCUUUCCUGUCUUUUUCUCUCUCUUCAGCUCAUACAGGCAUGUACCAUGCAGCAUAUGCCAGUGUCUUAUCAAGCCUUUCCACCCCUGAUCUCCAGCGAACAUUUUGUAUUGCACCCAACCCCGUCUGUUACCCCCCACCAGCCGCCACACCUUACUCCACUGAGCCAGUUUGUCCCUUUACAGCCUCAGCACCCACGCAUGGUGAGUAUGCCACGUCACUCAUGUGCCGACCUAUGAUAAUACCACGUGAAAGUAAGUGCAAUUACAUGCACUUGUUCGAUCUAACCGAAACCUUUCCUGUGCUUUUCUCCUUUCAGCCUCUACAGAGGGUAGAGAAUGAAGUUGACCUAAGAGGGGACCAGCACCCCAUAGGGACCUUCUCCUACCCUCCAUCUCAUCACCCACCAGCGCUGCCUCCGUCUCUGCCCUUACAGUAUCUUCCUCAAGAGCCUCUGCAUCAGGAGCUUCCCUUUGGAGUGGUAAGACAGUUUGUGGGACAUUUUCAAACCUCUUUUUAUCAUAACCUGAGUCACACCUGUACAUAUUAAUACAUUUACCGCUAUAGACUUUCUAGAAACCGAGGGACAUAUGAGUCCUGAGAAGAGAAAAGAAUUGAGCUAUGUUUCUGAAAGGGUCUUUGAGGAUUUUAAAGUUUAAAAUAUGUAGCAAAAGUCUUGACAAGUUUUGUCUUCUAAGGGUAAUGUUAGUCAGAAGAGGGUUUUUCCCAUGUGAAAGCUACAGUUGCCAGAGUAAAUGGCCUCAUUCUGUUGCUUACAUAAUAGCUUGAUUUAAUAUAAGUCCGUUCAAUUCCAUAUCAGUAUCAUUAUGAUAUUAAAAAAUUGACUUCAUGGGAUUAUUGUGAAAUACUACUGAAAUUAGGUGGAAAAAAAGGUGAUGUGCUUUCAAUACUUAAGACAAUAUGGUGGUGAAAGGAGCUAUUGAACUGAAGUAGACAAACAACCUUCUGUUGUCUUUGAUUGCCUUGUACGUUUCUGAUGUGGGUGUAACCACUUUACUUUAUACAUGGCAUGAAACAUUUCCUUAAAACCCUUGAAUGGCCAGUGGCUGCGUAAGGCAAGGAUGGGCUCACCCCACCCAAAUGUAGAUUCUUCUCACCCAAACAUAAUCUAAGGGGAACAUGUUUGUUCAGCCAACUGAGGAUUGCUGUAAUUGCAUUACAGUUUCAAAAUUUUGAUAUAUAUUUAUGUUAUACAUAUCAGUUAAUCAAGAAAAAAAUCUGUGAUACACUAAGCUAGCCAAGAAAAAUUGGAUGGGCUGUCUUCACAUUUCUAUCAAUCUGUGUUUUUUUUCUACAGCCAUAUCCCCACAUGCUGCCCAGGCGAGUAAAUGGACAGAGAUAUCGGUUGCAGCAACCCCUCCCCCCACCCCCUCCUCCUCCGUCUUACUACCCAGGCUUCCUUCCUUACUUUUUGUGAGUACCUGCAGUGACAUAAAGCACUUUUACCUGUAUACUGUAAGUUACUCAGCAAAGAUAUCUACUGUCGAGAUAGUUUUUAAUUAGAAUCAGUUUGGCCCUCAAAUUUCUGCUUUAGGAGUCAUGCUGUUAAAAAGCAGGACAGACUUCACGUUUGAUCACAGUGGACCACAGUGUUUACAGAAUAUGCUCCCUCUCUGUUCAGGUCAAUGCUUCCUGUGCCGCCAACAGCUGUGGGCCCCGCCAUUAGUCUUGACCUGGAUGUGGACGAUGUGGAGAUGGAGAACUAUGAGGUUAGCAUAAAAUUUGUGGGACCAAGCAAAGGCCAUGUUUUGUUUUUGUUUUUUUACAAAUUUAAUACACAGUUAAUGAAACUUGAGGUACUUUGAGCUUCAAAGUCAUCAUCAUUUUGGUCAUAAAGGUUAAUUCCAUUAUAACUCCUGGGAAAUGCAACAAAUAAACUAAAAAUAGUUUAAGUGUAAGUAAUAUUAAAUUGAUCAUUUUGCCAGUUUUCAGCCCUUGCUUUUUCUAUCUUUUAACCCCUGUUUCUCCAUUCUUUAAUCUCUGUUUUUUAUUUAUAGCUGCUGUAAAAUUGGAAUUUCCCCUUGUGGGACUAAUAAAGGAAUAUCUUAUCUUGCAGAAUUUCUGUUUCAAACUACAGCUUUUGUUUGUUGAAAUCAAGUCUAUUUAAGUUUAUUUAUAGACCUGUAGCAUCUUCAGCUUUGAUGUUCUUUCUUUGUGUAGGCAUUACUGAAUCUGGCAGAAAGGCUGGGUGAAGCGAAACCACGUGGGCUCACUAAAGCAGAUAUAGAGCAGCUUCCGUCCUACAGAUUCAACUCAGAGAAUCAUCUAUCUGAACAAACGCUGUAAGUCCUCCUCACCAUACCAGUUAAGUCAAACUGAAUAAAACAUCUUGGUAACUCUGUUCUCUGCUUCCUUCAGGUGUGUUGUGUGCUUUAGUGACUUUGAGUGUCGGCAGCUACUCCGGGUAUUACCUUGUAACCACGAAUUCCACGCAAAGUGUGUGGAUAAAUGGUUAAAGGUAAGGUGUUGGCAGUUUGUCAGUUGCACACCUUACAUAAGUUCGCUUCAUAUCACGUCUAUGUUUUGAUACCAAAUUAUUAAUGCCUGUCCUCUCCGGCUUGACUUCCAGACCAAUCGCACUUGUCCAAUCUGCCGAGCGGAUGCCUCGGACGUUCACCGGGAAGUGGAGUGAGAACUGUCUCUGAGUGAUGAACUUGAACGCUGCACACACCAGAGUCUGUCCCGAAACUGGGGACAUCUGCCACCUUACCUGCGUCCUCCAGUAAAUAUAGCUUACCACUCCACUUGCCCCUUCCUAAAUAAUAAGCAAUCCAGGAUCAUUUCUGGAGCCUGUUGUACCUCUGCUGUGCUUCAUUGUCCGAGUCUCAUGAAACCCACUGCCUAUUGCAGCCUAAAGCCAGAGGUCUGGGAUUGCCAGCCAGUUCUUUCUCUGCCCCCUUGUUGCAGAUUCCAAAGAUUUACCCUACGAUGCAUUCUUUGCUGCUUUUGUUUACAGGGUUUCAUUUUUAUUUGGUGGAUUUGGUUGUGGUGUUCAUGACUAGCAGGAGUCCUGCAGUGGAAGAGGUGAGUUGGAAGCCUGGAGGAUGAUACGCUGGACACCUUGUGCAAUUAGCAGAAAAAUAGAAAUACUUCAACAUGGGUAUCUGUGUUUGGAGGCAAUGCCUGACCAUCAUAGAUGCAUGUUUGUGUAGGUGUUGGGCAAAGUGACUUGUUAAUAACGUAUGUUCUGCAAUAAUGUAUUGAUCAUUUCAACAGUUUUACCCCUUCUUUGUUUUUAGAUUUGCCAAUGCUAUUGUGAAAGUGUGACUUGCUGUGGUUAAAUGCAGAUUCUGUUGAGCCUGAAUAUGGACUGCAAGUGAUGGGACAUGCAACCGUGGGGUAUCUUGAACCCCAGAUUAUCCUCUCUGGAACACAGAUCUGUACGAAAACAGUCAUGGAUUAUCGGACCGUGUUCUUUUUUUUUUUUCUUCUUCUUCUUUCUUUCUUUUUCGAGGUCAUUUGGCAUUACUGCACAAGUACUACACCCACCCUCCAUGUCAGCAUUGUUUCCUCUGACAAGUGUGUGCGUGCGUGCGUGUGCCUGUUGUGUGUGUAUGUUUGUCCUGUUCACAGAGCCAAUGCAUUGUGUAACCACUGGAUACAGGGCAGCAUGCUAAGAUUUGCAUGAACUGUUGAUUCAGACUAGCAAUAUUUUAAUCAAGCAUUGCCACCAAAUUAUCAAAUCUUAAGAAAAAAGAAGAGACAAAGAAGCAUAACUAAAAGAACUGCUUGCUUAUUCAGAAAGCACCAUGAGGGAAGACUAGCAUGUGGUUCCACCCAGACUUCGUUUGAGUCCUCGUCUGAAGGCUAUGCUGACGCCAUAGAGCUUUGGAGGCCUGUGCAGAAAGCAAUAUGUGCAGUGAGUGGCAAGUUUCAAAUGAACUUUCUUCCCCUUUUAGGAAGAUGGGGCUUUUUAUUUCUUUGUUUGUGAGCCAAAUCCAAUAUACAGAUAUAGCCUAUACUGUUCAAGAUUUCAGAUCUGCCUUCUUAUGACCUUGACAAGCACAAACCUAUUACUAAUCCUGAAAAUACUGUCAUUUCCACUUGUUUUAAAAGUAUGCCGUUUUUAAUAAAGGUUUAUUUAUUGGUUUUAUCUUAUAGCGAAAAUACAUUGAAGGAAACAGUUGGAGCACUAACUAUGUUUGUGUAUGUGUUAUAUUCUGGUAACUUGGUUGGGUCAUUGUCUUAGGCCAUGGUAAUGGUGUUGUAAAAGAGCAACUGUAUGUAUAGCUUCAGUGUGAAUGCUUUUAGAUUAACGUUUGAAGACAGAAGAAUGUUGAAAACCUUUGUAGAAGUCACUGGUGACGCUCCACUUAAUGCCAGCUGUCGGUGUCCCACAGUGAUCAGUUGGGGUUCAAAUGACAGUGCGGGAGUGUUCAGUGGUGUAGAAACACUGUUAGACUUCUAGUUCCCUGCUUGUGUUCACAAAAAAAGAAAGGAAAAAAAAAACAGGAAAUAUUCGGGGAGGGAAGAGAGCAUCAAAUGGACUUCUUGCUUUGGAGUUACUCUUGUCUCUUAACUGCCCCAGUAAGCACUAACAGGCAGUUGUAACCUUUGCUUUUAUGUGUAAAGGGAUCUUGCCUUUUCUUUACUUUGUUUCUUAAGUGAAUGUGAGUCUUCGAUAUGUGUGCCACCUUCAAGAGAAAAAAAGAAGCCAUUUAAUGAGUUAAACCCACAGCUUUGAGAAUUAACCUAUGUGUACAUAUCUAUUUCGCUGGCAUAUAUUGUAAGUUUAAAAAAAACACUCAGGGCCUCUCGGUAUAUAAAAACAAAGUCCAUUUCAAAUGGAAAGGAUGCCAUGGGAAGGGUAUAUCUGAAUUUAGUUUGGUCGUUUUCCUCAGACCAUAAAUAAUUUAAUGUAAUCAAUUAUAAUAUUCUGUUAUGUCAGAAAUAAUAGAUAUUACAUCAUUUAAGGACAGGCAUGCAAGAAAAAAAGAUCAGUAAAUGUAAUAGUAUUCACUGAAAAGAGGCAAUGUACACUGCAAUUCAUUACAAGUGUAUUAUUCAAACCUGUUUGACUUUUGUUCUCUAACUCAAACCAUAUGUUUAACACAGCGGUUGUGAUCACAUUUUUCAAUGUGCCGCUGUGCACACUAUCCUACCUAGUUCACUCCCAAAUCUACUUCAGAGUUUUUUGCAUGUAUUUAAAAAAAAAAAGUAAAACAAGUUUGUUAUAGUGGAGGAUAUCUCAAAAUCUGGUGGGGACCUAUUUAACGGUGCACAAUAUGCAUGCUUGUCAACCAGAUCCCAACUGAUUUUUAGCUCUAGUUGGCUUAGGGUUCUGGGGGUUUGGAUCUUAAUGCUCAGCUGAUAACUGCCAUGCAUUGUACUGCACACAUUUGUAAUAGAACUGAAUGACUACAAGAUUUUAUUGCGCUAACUUCAUUUUAUAGGAGAAAAAAAAAACUGGUCUUGAAUCCAGAAGUUCUUACAUACAUUGUGUUACUGUUAUUGCCCUAACGACUGAAAAUUACAUGCUCUGAAACUACUGUAGUUAUCAAAAGCCAUAGUGAAAAGGUGCUAGAUGUUCUGCUUUUAGGUAUGAAAACUCACUUGCGUGAAUGCAAUAGUUUGUCAUGGAUCUCAUGUAUUCUUAAAGCAUGUUAUACUAAUACCCCUAAACAAUGUCAGUGAAAAUCAAUAUAGUUUAAGGGAAUAAAAAUAAAGUGUUGUCAUACUUAUUUCAGUGUAGUACUGUACCUGCCUGUCAGGCUCUUGCUCUCAGUGUAUCAAUAUCUUAAAAUGUAUUGUUCACAUAUAGAUACCUUAAUUCAUGUUAAUGUUAACACUGUUAUUUUUGGAGUAAAUAAUUGACAAUAUCCAGCUACCCUAUUAAACAAAAGAGAACCUCCCAUUAAAGCCUAGUUAAUGAGGUAAUUUUGAAUGACAACUGAGAAUAGAGUCUUGUAGUCUUUCUGUUAAGAGUUAUUGAAUAAUCUCACAGCUUGUGUGGUGCAAAAAUGUGUUCCAAUAAGCAGCUAAAAUUUAUUUAGGAUUUGUGAUUGAUUGCUCCGUAGACGCCAUUUAUUGUUUACCAAUGACUUUUGCUGUGGUGGGAUAGUGGUUUACUGUUCUUACUCUCCCUGGCCUCUUAAGGUCCUUGCCUGAACACCAGACAACCCACCCGCCAACAGAGCCAGGGGCAUGUGUUCUGUGUUAGGCAGAUAUUUUGCUUUGGUACUUGCACAUUUACAGUUACCUCAUUUUUUCCAUGUUUGUAUUGGAGGGAGGGGGGAGAAAACAACUAAUAUAUAUUAUAUAUAGGAAACGGUUCUUAUUGUUAUAAUUUUUCAUUCCAUUGGAAUCAUAUUGUUUGUAGCAUUUAACAUAACUAGUUAGUGUAUUAUAUAUACAUCUGUAUACUGUUUGAAAUUUUUAAGAUUUGUACUUUUUUUAAAUGAAAGUUGCUAGUUAUGCUUUACCAAGUAGUGCAAUCAUAUUUUUUUUUUAUUGUUGUGGCUGAUUUGAAAGGGUUGUUCACUAAUAAAUGUAUGAUGUAUACCAAUAUCACAAUUGUCUUAUUUCAGAUGAGCUCUAAAAAGGCCAUGAUGUAAAAUAUCCCACAGUACUUAAAAUGUUAUCCUAGAGAAACACCCACUAACUGAUGAGUAAUACAACCAGUUACUUCUGUGAUGUUAAAAUCACAAGUAAUGUCAGUUUCAAUAAAACCACAUUUUUAAAAUGUUUUUAAUUUAUAUAGUUGGAAAAUUACAUCUUUACAUGAGCCCAUUUAGAUGUUACAGGCAAAACAGGCAUCUAUGAGUAACCACAGGCACACUAUGGGCAGACUCUUACUACACUAGAUACAGCCACAUGUAAAAGCUGUGGCCUCUGUUAAAUAUUGUAUUUUUAAACUUCAUGAGGCAGUCUGCUUUACAUAGUAACCAACCUGCAUUUGGUCAUUUUAUGACACAGAUGAGUCAAAAAAAGGAAGGUGGUUUGGGGUUUUUAAAUAUCUAACUUAUGUACAGGUCAUGGCUCAUUUAAAACAGGGUUCCCAUCAUUCUACGCAAGCUGCUCCCUAAAAAAAGUACAUUUAAUCUUCAUACCAUUCAGUAACAGUCACAACAGAACCAAACCUGGCUUAGACCUGUUCUGUACUUUGUCAGUCACUGUGGAAGAGGCAUGUUAAAACUUUUGCGGUAAAGUGGUGUUAAAUUAAGACAUAUGGAUGGAACAUCAAGUCUCUGAAAUAAAAAUAAAAAAUAACCAAGGCAUUCAAACCACCAAAGGUAUUUAUACCUCUCUAUGGUACAUCCUGUUUGUAUUGGCAAGUAUUAAUACAACCUGCCUUCCUUGGAUGACUCGACAUCGACUUUGUUUGGGUUGUUUUCUGGUUUUGCAUCAAGCUUUGCUACUGUUAGGUACAUUUCAGUAGAUGGUUAAUCCUCUGCUGCAACACUUACUGGUGAGGAAAGACAAGAUUUAAACGGUGGCCAGUACAUAUGAUGAAGAACACACGUCUUUGUCCACAUGUAUACAAAGAUGAGUUCGAGGGAGAACUUCCAAGAAAUAUUUAUUUGAUAAAAUUCAAGACUUUCCAGGUUAUUGGGAACCCUGUAAACACAACCAAACAAGGACUGGAUGCAGGGUGGUUAAAUUUUUCCAGGUUAGGAUUUUAUCUCAAAUGAUCCUUUGUGCAUAAUGGCCAUUCAACAGAGGGAGAAAAAGAAAAAAGGAGUGGGUGGGCAUUGGAGGAAAAUGUGUUUCCAUAUAGAGGAGGUAUGUCAUCUUUCAAUCGUCCGUAAGAUCCUGAACAAAAAGGACCUCGGAGCGGCUCAGCCCCGCCUCUUUCAGUGUGGGAGGAUUGGGCUGAUCUUCAGUUGGAAGGCAGGGCAGGACUCUGCGAGGGAAGUUUGUAACUAUCUGAAACUUCUCUGGAGAUUCUUUCAAAGAGAAGAGGAAGUCGUAUAUUACCUGUGGAGGAAAGAAGUGGACAAAAAAACACAAAUAUUAGUGAUCUAUGUACAAAGGGAAGCAAUGCCUCAUAACCUAACCUUUUAAUGGAUCCCCAAGUAACCAGAAAAACGGUGAUAGAAAAGAAAGAUCAAAAUGCUCACCGACAGAGACUGUCCAAAGAGAAAUCGUCUCUCUACUCGCGUAUCAUUAGGCAGCUUAAACACUAUUUUGACACUGUCUGGAUCAUCUGAAGGCGGCUCUGGAGGAAGACAUUCUGACUUCCUCUCCUUCUCUUCUUCGAGUGUCUGAAAUCCGACAACGGAAAACAUUAUUUUAAAAUAUCAAUUAUUUCAAUUUUGACUUAAGUCUCAUCAAAACUGUCUCUGUGUUGUUCUGUCAGGGAAAGGCUGUCUCACCUGCCGCCUUCGCUCCUCAGCCAGAACACUCUGUCGGACCUUUUCCUCCUCUUGUCUCUUCUGCUCUUGCUCCUCCCUCUUUUUUCGGUCCUUCUCUUGGUCAGCACGCAGAGAAGCAAGAUAGGCUUCGUCCUGUUGCUGUCUUAGCACUUGGGUUUGGCUUCUCUCCUCCCUGAAACCAAUCAACAUUUGCCUGAGCUAUGAAAUGUUUCUGGUAUAUCGGCAGUACAUAUACAGUACGAUACAUUUUACUUGCGCCAAAGUACGCCUAGUUUUAAAAUUUGUUAACAAUAUGAGGUUUCAGUCAGUCAUGAACUUUGAUAAAAACAGUUGAAAUGAUGAUCAACGGCCCCACAGCUUCCUACAUUUGUCCGCAAAUGUAAACACUGAUGAGGUAUUACGCUCUGCCAAACGGUCAAGUGUGUAACUUUGGGUUUCGUUUACCGUUCAAGGCGCUCUGACAUCAGAUGUGUUUGGUUGGCAUCCAUGAUGAAGGUGAGCUGGUUGAUGAGGUCUUCUGGCUGAAUGAGACCCUCAAGCCGACCCACCACUGUCAUCUUGCGGUCCUUCAGCAUGAUCAUGGCCAGGAAUGGGUAGGUGUUCUCUCGCAGUGCUUGGGACACUAGAGCACACCCAGAAAGUUACACAGUCAAAUCUUAACAGUGUUUCAACAGUGUUGCUACUUUACCUCUUGAUUGAUCUACCAAGUAGUUGACUCAUUAACACACACGCACACAUCUUGAGCCCAUAAAAAACAUGCACCCUGCUUAGUUCUCGUGUCACCUUGCACAUAUAUAGAAUUAAAAUGUAACCCAAACUUCAAAAUUCCAGCUUGGCCACCACAACUUAAUGUGCACAAAGUUUUGUUGGUGCCAUUCAAAGCAUCAAACAAUUAGAUUUGAGCAACCUGACAAUAAAGAUUUUCAA